AUGGCAGACACAAACGGCAUACCAAAUGGCUUGUCCAACGGUACACCCAACGGCAUAACGAAUGGUGACCGAAGGGUGCGAAUCCUACCGCUAGCCUAUGACGGACAUAAUUCUGAAGAGUCGGCCCUGCAGCUCGUCUACGCUGUCAGGCCCGAGUGGAAGACCCCAGAGGCCAACGUCAAGUUCGUUCGGUGUACGGACGGAAUCACAAACACUCUGCUCAAGGUCAUCAACGAAGUCCCCGGCGCAUCGACCGAAGAUGUCGAUCGAGAGGCCAUCCUGCUCCGAGCCUACGGCCACGGAACUCACGUUAUCAUUGACCGCCAGCGGGAGGCCGAGAACCACGAGCUUCUCAUGGCGCACGGGCUCGCGCCCGAACUGCUUGCUCGUUUCCAGAAUGGCAUGCUCUAUCGCUACAUUCGCGGAACCGUAGCGAGUACGGAGGACCUGCGGGACCCCGACAUUUACAUCCCCGUGGCGAGGCGGCUGGCAGAGUGGCAUGCGACUAUACCUUGCAUACCUUCGGCUCCGGUUGCUCAGACCAACGGUGAUGGCGACAGCGAAGCCAAGAGGCGACGCCAGUCGAUCGACGCGGCGGCUCCUGGGAAGCCUGCGCCGAACCUGUGGACUGUGAUGCAGAAGUGGAUCUACGCUCUGCCAACGGAUACGGAUCAGAAGCGAGAGCGCCAGGCGCGGUUACAGACGGAGCUUAACAAGCUCAUUAAAGACCUUAGCCAAAGGCCUGGUCUGGGAGAGAACGGCCUCGUCUUCGCUCACUGCGAUCUGCUUCACGGCAACGUCAUCAUACUACCUAGGGGCGAAAACGACGAUCCACUGCUCCAAGAAACCGUCGUCAGUUUCAUCGAUUACGAAUACGCAGCCCCGUCCCCAGCAGCCUUCGACAUCGCCAACCACUUCGCCGAAUGGGCCGGCUUCGAAUGCAAGUACGAACGCCUACCCACCAAAUCCGAGCGUCUCGACUUCAUUAGGCACUACGUCCAGGCCUACUUGGGCUUCAGCGGGAGCUCUGCGAGCUUGGUCGCCGUCGAGCAAGAGGCGCAGAAGCUCGCCCGCGAGGUCGACCUGUACCGCGGCAUUCCCGGCUUCUACUGGGGCAUAUGGGCCUUGAUUCAGGCGGUUAUUUCGGAGAUUGACUUUGAUUAUGCGACGUAUGCGGAGCUAAGGCUUGGGGAGUAUUGGGCUUGGAAGGCCGAGGCCGAUGGGACGAGGGCGGCCGAAGGGAACGAGUUACCGUCGCGUGAGAAGCGGUGGGCAGAGCCGUGA